AUGUCGCUGUUCCAAGCAAAGGAGUUCUGGACCACCAAGGCCUGCGAGCCCGGAACCACGGACAUUGGCUCGCUGGUGGUUGGCAACAUCGACAACAACAAAGAUGGCAUCGAGAGGAUUGUGGUGGGAAGCCUGACAGGUGAUCUGAGCAUCUACACCGUUGCUGAGAUGGAGUACAGAAGCGAGGACCUGUUGUUUCACACAAAGCUGGCACCAGUGCUACAGCUGGAAAUGGGCGCGUUCAGCUCACCGGACGCUCGUGAGCUGGCCAUCCUCCAUCCCCGCGAAAUUGCCGUGUACACUGUCAAAGGAAUCGUCGGCCAAGGCGUUGAGCUGUCCAAAAUCUUUGGCGCGAAACUGGAGCGCACCGCUGCCAACUUUGUCCCCGGCCGCUUUGGUGGCGCUGUGAAAGACGUCAUCUGCGUGCAGUCGAUGGACGGCGCCCUCUCCUUCUACAAUCACGGGCGACUUGGGCUUGUGCGGUUUGUGCCGGACUUCCUUGUGCCGGGACCGCUGUGCUAUCUCCAGCACGCCGACGCUAUCAUCACCUCCUCCGCAACUUGGGCCGUCUGCUCAUACAAGUUCCUGGUGCUUGCCUCUGCUGGGGAGGCGGCGGCCCAGCGGUCCGGCGACAGCAGCCAGCGCAGCACCAAGGAGGGCGGAAAACGCGUCACGAGCGACUGGGAGUGCAACAUUGGCGAGGAGGUGCUGCAGCUGCGCGUGUGCGGGACAAAGACGCCGUGUAUCCUCGCGCUUGGUCGUACGUCGCUCUUCUGGAUUGCGGACGAUGGCUCCCUUCUCCGUUCAAAUCGCAUCGAAUCCCCGUUAUCUUGCUGCCUGCCCUUCAGAUGCGUCGGCGAGAGUGCGCAUGUGGUUGUGUGCGGGACGGACGGGAUUGUGCGUGUGAUGCACGACAAGAAGGUCGCGUGGGCCGCGGGCGGCGCUGGCUCGCCCGUCGCCGUCGCCACCACCACCCAGUGCGGCGUGAAGGGACUGCUGACACUGCUCGAUGAGAAUGGGACGCUGUCUGUCGUCUAUCUUGGAACAGACCCCCGCCUACCUGUCCUCAAAUCGCAGAACGAACACAACUACGAGGCAAUGGAUUCCGAGCUGAAGAGACUGCAAAAGAUCAUGUCUGCCGCCAAGGACGGAAAGCUGAAGACGGUGCCGGAUGCGCAGCUGCAGGUUGAGAUCUCGGACUUCUACCCCGUCGACCCCGUGCGGAGUGAGGUGGAUCCAAGCGCUGUCUUUCAGACAGGACUCACGGUGUCGCUGUCAGCACCGGCGGGCUACGUGGCGACAGAUGUGGUCAUGCGCAUCGUGUGUGAACGGCCCCUCAUCUGCGAUCAAGUCGCCAUCAACUUUGAAGACCAAGCGAUUGAUGAGGAGACGGCUGUGGAUGUGCGUCUGGCGUUUGCCUCUGUUGUCGGCGUGCCCGUGUCCUCGCUGCAUGCCGCCCUCUCCAUCACAUACACCGUCAAAGGUCAGCCGCAGACGUACGAGUGCGAGGUCCCGCUGCCGCUGACCCUGGCGUACGACGUGGCACCGCCAAACAAGACUGCCCAGCACAAGAUCACCAUCGCCACCAACCACACGUGCAUCACCAUGAACGAGCUGUUUCCUGAGCUUCUUCGGGGCCACGAGAUGACGCCUGCGAUUGGGUUCCGGCUGCGGGACACGGACGAGGUGGCGACGGUGAUAUCUGCCAAGACGUCAUCACGCUAUCGGAUACAGGCGGACUCGUGGUCCACGAUGGCGGGUGUCCUCGUCGCCGUCACGCGCGCACUCCGCCAGCAUUUUAGCGGGUCCACACCGCCGCUGGCAAUCAGCAUGAAGGAGCUGCCCUCGCUCUCACCGCUCUUCACCGCCAUCGACACACACUUCCACAUACGGCGGGCGAAGGCGGAGAUGGCGGCUGCGCUCGGGGAGCAGGCAACGCAGUUCCGCUCCCUGCAGAAGCGGCUUCUCGCCCGCGUUAAGGACGUCACGCCCUCUCCCAUUGACCAGAUGUCGUCGCUGCUCGAGGCAACACAGCACGAGGUACACAUGCGCUGGCUGUUCACAUUCGAUCUUGAUGAUGCCGCCUUCCACCGCGUCUCCAGCAUCGUCUCUCCACACGUCGUCGACACGAUUGAGCAGGGUUGGGAGGAGAGCACGCUCGCAUCGCUCACAUUCCUCAUCAGCACCACUCUUGCACGCAGCGAAAAGGACAAGAUUGUGAACCCUGGGCCCUUGCAGCUGCCGGACUCGACAGACAAGCUGCACCGGUACAUCAAGUUGUUCGUUGACCGGCUCCCAGGCUCCUCCAUUGCAACGGGAGAGGCGUGAUGUUACACACGCGGCGUCAUCGACGUUCGCUGCGCCUGCAGUUGUUCAAGUUGGUUGUUGUUUACACUAAUUGUUGUUCUUGCUGUUUUCUCCUCCUUUUCACUUCUGUCUACUGUGCUGUGCCUUGUCGUGAUGUGAAGGGUGCAUGAUAGGCGUGUUGUGUUGUCUGAGGUGCUCUGGUGCAUGCAUUGCGACAAACGCACACGUGUAUGCAUUUGCUUCAAGCUUUUGUUGGGCAGGAGGCAUGUCAAGUCAAACGUCACAACACAAACAAAAAAUCAAUUUUGCAUCUUUAAUGGUGUCGCUUGCCCCGUG